CCCCCGGUUGUCCAAUUCUUCGGCGGCUCAAGCCAUCCCUUUAUACAAGGAACCCUAUCUCCUUCAUCUGUUCCAUGACACACAUUACACAUAUCCUCUCUGUGUUUUCUAUCAGUGGCUUUGUGUCAUCCACAAUGAGCUCAGCAAGCAGAGCUUGGGUUGUAGCGGCUAGCGUUGGAGCUGUGGAGGCCUUGAAGGAUCAAGGCAUUUGCAGGUGGAAUUACGCUUUCCGGUCAGCUCAACAACAUCUGAGAAACCAUGCUCCAUCCUUGUCUCAGGCCAAAAGGCUUUCCCCUUCCUCUUUUGCUAUGGCUUCCUCCCGACUAAAACAUGACAAGGCUGGGCUGUCUGAGCAGUCCCUCCGGACUGUCUUGUACUUGAGCUCCUGGGGUCCCAACUAGACCCCAACGCCAUUAAUACCCAUUAAUUACUUUGUCCUAUAACAGAAAAGAUGGGACUUCAGAUUUCUUAGGCCAUCUGCGGGAUAUUGGAUCUUUUAUAUAUAAAGUAAUGAAAAAUUGCUCGAUUCUCUUUGGAUCACACAUGUAAAUUU